UAUACUGUUUCCCAGUUAGGGGAAUUAAGGAAUUUACCCAUAACUGCACCCCAUACGCAAAAUGGGGAGUUGUGAUCACUGAAAGCUCUAUUGAGAGGUAUCUUCCAUGGCAGUCCAGUCCUCACAUCUGGUCGAGUAAAAAACCGGAGAUGAAUGUUACCUUGUUGAGAAACUGUAGAGCGCAGCUAGAAGCUGUUUUCUCAUCAAAAGGAAUUGGUGAACCCCCGCUCAAUCUUUCGAUAUCCGUGGUCACUGCUUUAAGGCAUGCAGUGGCUAGUUACAGGAAAUCUUGCAAUCUUGAUCCCUGGUUCCAGAUGAGGAUACCGUUUACUACAGAGCGUAUAUUCCGAGCUUGUCAUGGACUCAUAUCAGAUGAAGAGGAGAAUAUCUUGACUAACAAACCAUAUACUCAUGUUUAAGCCAAUUAUUAUUUCUAAAAAAAUAUGUGAAAAUUAUAAUACUAUAGUCUGUAUAUCGUACAGUCUAUACCCCUUUGAUUGAUUUAAUGUGAUGAAAAUAUUUUUAUUAUUCCUCCUAUUUAUAAAGAUGGGCAUUGUUUUUGUCAACAAACAACAUGUUGAGAACCAAAAAAACGAACAAUUUAAAAUCGUUCGAACAAUCUUGGUCGUUCGUGAACGAUUUCUGAAUAUAGCUCGUUUGAACACGAUCAUUUUUUUUAUUAAAUGAACAUUUUUAAACGAUUUAUUCUAACAGCAUUUUAGUUUUAUACUAGACGAACGAUUUUUUUCAAACUACCUUUUGAAUAAAAAUCCUUUUCACCUUUUUGAACAAACAAAGUUACAGAAGAAACAAAGUUUAAAAAGUUCCAAAACCCUAAAUCUAGCUAAAUCUCUAGCUAUACACGUAUAUGAUAUGAUAUAUACACGUAUAUGAUAUGAUAUAUACACGUAUAUGAUAUAUACACGUAUAUGAUAUGAUAUAUGAUAUGAUAAUUAAUUAUAUGUAGCUUAGAUUUAUUAUUUUAAUAUAAUAUGUAAUAUACAUUUUAACUUAAACCUAUACAGGCUGGGAGGUCUGAAUCUAUGUAUAGCCUGGGGGAAGGGGCGUUUGGCGCCCCCUAGAAAAAGGCCUGAGAGAAUAAACAUAUGGUUGAAAUUCAUGUUCAUAGACCAUUUUUUCAUGGGCCAUCUCUAAGAAAAAAAUGAGACCGAUAACUUUAAUAGUUUGGGUGCCAGGGAGGGUGGAAAAAAAAUUCCUAAAAAGGGGUCAAAAAAAUGAAAAAAAUAUUUUUUUUUGUUUAAACAAAUAUCAAAGUUUCUACAGGCAUUUUUCAAAGGCUUUUUUAAAAAUAUAGUUUUUAAAUCAGCUUUAGUCACAAAAAAGUUAUGGGCUAUUUUAGAUCCUUUAAAUAUUGUUCAAUAAAACAAUAGAAACAUUACGUGGAAUUCAAAGAAUUUGUAUCUGUUCAACCGAAAGAGAGCCAGCUCAAGGCCAAGGGUACCGUUGUGAAUCGGGCCUGAAUACUUUUCACCUGAAAUUACAUUUGAGAGUGAAUAUGUUGUUUGUAUUUGAUUGAAUUCAUUAUGAAUAUAGAAGAUAAAUUUCUGAAAAGACUCGUUUUUUGUGGAACAGAGUCGGCUGUCAAGUUCUACUUACAAGGGGACCCACUAAGGAUGAGACUUCAGAGAAGAUUGUACGGAACUUGCUUAGUCUGUUUUAUUGCAUUCAGGGUUCCUUGUAGACCAAAACUGGCCUAAAUCUUGUGAAUUUAGUAUUCCAUCAAAAUACUAAAUUGAGUGCAAAUCCAGCUUCAAAUCGUCAUAUUUUUAGAUAUUUUGGGUUGUCUUUGCAGUCUCAUUCUUUGUGGGUAACCCAGUAUAUAGGGUGAUUAAAAUAAAGGAGUGGCACUGUUUAAAAAAAACACUACAGUUAACCCCUAAAUAAGCUGCCAUACAUCGAAAGAAUUCAUCAAACGUCGUAUUCUUAUCUGAUAAUUGAAUGUUGCAGAUAUUUAGUUUUUUUUAUAUGUCUCUGAUAAAUCCUGAAGAAUUU